AUCAUGCUUUACUUCCAGCUGGUGAUCAUGGCAGGGACUGUCAUGUUGGCUUACUACUUUGAGUACACCGACACUUUCAACGUGCACGUCCAAGGGUUUUUCUGCUAUGACAAUGCAUACACGAAGCCCUACCUUGGACCCGAGGCUUCCAGCGCUGUUCCUCCUGCCAUACUCUAUGCAGUGGUCUGCGGAGUGCCGUCGCUUCUGAUCACAGCGAUAGAGUCGUUGUUGUUUCUGCUCCAGUAUGUGUCAGAGGACCUGGACAAUCGGGAGAAGAUCAUUGUCAUGGGAGACUGCUGUUACCUCAACCCUCUGGUGCGCAGGACCUUCCGCUUCCUGGGUGUGUACGCUUUUGGCCUUUUCUCCACUGACAUAUUUGUGAACGCGGGCCAAGUGGUGACGGGGAACCUGUCCCCCCACUUCCUGACGGUGUGUAAGCCCAACUACACGGCCCUGGGCUGCGUGCAGACCGCCCGCUUCGUCAACCAACAGGGGGCGUGCACGGGCAACGAGGAUGACAUCAUGCACGCCCGCAAAUCCUUCCCCUCCAAAGAGGCGGCGCUCAGUGUCUAUGCCGCACUCUACACAGCGAUGUACAUCACGUUAAAAGUGAAGGCCAAGGGGACCAAGCUGGCCAAGCCACUCCUAUCUCUGGGACUUAUGUGUCUGGCCUUCCUCACAGGAAUCAACAGGGUAGUGGAGUACCGCAACCACUGGUGUGACGUCAUCGCCGGGUUCAUCAUCGGAGGGGCAAUAGCAGUCUUCAUGGUUCUAGGGGUGGUGCAGAACUUCAAAGGGAAGAGCCUGCUGAAUGAGAUCCCGCCGGAGGAGAGUGUGGUCAGCAGUAUUCCUAUGAUGGGCCAGCCCAGGAUCAUGGACAACACAAUGGAGAAGUACAUAGCCUCACAGAAUCCUAUUACUUUUGCCGAGGUUACAUGA